UAACCAAUGCGGACGAAUUCACCAGCAAAAUUCACGCACUGGGUUCUUGGCGGUCGCGCCUGGGAAGAAAAAUUUCUGGCGGGAGAGCGAAGGUAGGUGGACCUGGGCUGGAUUUUAUCCCGUGGAGAGGAGGCUGCCACGCGGGCGGGGGAUUUAUGAGGCGAUAACUUCCAGGGAAGGCUUCACGUGGGCGUUUGGCGUACUGAGGGCGGUCGUAUAAUGCCUACGGCAGCAGGUGUGCGUCACAUCGGCUACUUUGAAAACAAGUGGGGCGGAGCGAAAGAUUUGCGAAUCUUUCACUUCAGGUACAAAGCCUUGGAUGGCGGUGAUCGAUACAGGUGUCUCAAGGACAGGGAAAGCAAGAAAAAUUCUUUUCUUUUCCACUCCUUUUUCCUGGCCUUGGGAGGAACAGCUUACCUAGUUAGUGUGGAAUCACGGAGUGAAAGGGACAGGGGAACGAAGACGUGGUGCUCGGGCCAACUUUUCUUUCGGCGAGGCGACGGGAAAACAUCGUCCAGACGGGCGAAUAUGCCGUGUCAAACUUGUCGCGUUUAGGGUAGGUUUGACUUUGGGGAGGCGCUGCUGCGAGCGCGGUGGUAUUCAGGGGCGGCGGCGGCCCGGCUUCCUUCGAUCGCUUGUCACGUGAAAAUUUUUUGAUGAUUCAUCGAGCCCGGUACUGGUUACUGUCCUUCUCUUUAAUUUCCUGAUUGCCUUGAGGCGUUUGUGUGUGGGUGUGAGUGAGCUCUUUAGCUGGUAACUCCAGCGGCGAGGGAGCGCGAGAGCGCGAUCAUUGCCCAGUCCCUGCUAUGUAUAUUAUUAUUGCUGAGGUACUAUGAGGAGCCUUGCGUACUUUGUGCCUUCCGUGGCUUAUCUUCGAGCACGGAAUUUGCUUUGAGUCUGAUUCUGCUUGUCCGGGUUUGAGAGUUAGUGUAGCCGCUUCUCUUCCGGUGGAUCCCAGUCUAACUCUGAGAGGAGUUUCUUCCCUGUGCCUUGUGUUAGUGAGUGUAAGUUAAAUCACGCAGUUCGAGGUGGUGAUUGUGUUUAUUCGCUGGGUCUGGGUUAACCAACGUUAACAAACCAGUGUAGCUAUGAGUGCUUUGUGUCGUCGCCUGAAAAUACGAGCUGUUUCGUAGAGAGGAGAAGUGUGCGAUUCAGUCUGGCCCUCUUUCAAGUUGGUCCAGCUCAAGCUUUUACUCGGCUCAAUUUGGUGUACCCGGGCUUCUGCUUAUCUCUUGUUAAGCAUAUGAAACACAACGGACUGGGAGAGGGCUGCAAAGAGCAGAGCCGAGAAAGCAGCAGCUCACAAGCUCUACUGGACGAGGCGAUCCAGAUCAAACCUUCUGGAUAGCGAUCGAAUCAUGCAGCAAGCUGGAAGUGACAAGCAUACUAUAUCCAUGGAAGCUCUGUGUGCGACAACUUCGGAAAAUAUUUCCGACUACGACACACUGUCGCCUGCUCCAUUGUCUCCUUACGACGGGUCAACUCCUCCUGAUCCUGGAUUUGUGACACCUCGAACACCCCAAACAACGUCUCCGGUUUCUCCAUACGUCAAUGUGGCUUUCGAAGACCUCAUACAAGCGGGACAAAUGCUGGAUGCAGUCCCUGUUAACAAGAACGACCCUGAUGAACCGCCCAAGAAGUUUUGCUCGCUACUGGAAAAUACCUCUGUUCUCGCUCAUCUGGCGGCUUUUGGAGUUUUAGGCGUUCUAAUCCGGUACAGCCUCGGGCGGCUGUUUGACAAUGUUGGACAUGUCACAAGCGCGCAAACAGCUCUUUUUCAUGAUCUUGCGGCAAAUAUGUUCGGUUCAUUCUUCAUGGGAUGGGUGGGCUGUGUGCUCAAAAAGGAUAUCUCACACUUUUCGGAGCAUUUAGCUCUUGGGCUCUCGACCGGACUCAUGGGUAGCAUCACAACCUUCUCGUCGUGGAUCGUCAAGCUGGUCGUUGUUAUGACCAAAGGUUUAUGGUUAAGAGGUGUCAUCGGCCUUCUUGUCGGCAUGGAACUGUCGAUGAUGUCUUUACUGGUGGGAAUGCAGUCAGCAGAAUGGUUUCGCUCUCUCCUGAUCUGGCUAAAGCUCACAGAAGUCGCGGCUGAUAAUGUCCAGAGAAAGCUCAAGGGCCUCUUGAUUUUUCUGACAACGGCUCUGGUCUUGUGGACACUGUUCCUGUCUCUGGGAGUCGAGGACAUUAACAAUUUGGAGAGACGGACUUUGUGGCUUGCCUGCGUUUUGAGCCCGCCAGGCGUUUGGCUGAGAUGGCUACUCGCUAGACACAACGGCAAAGGACUCGGACAUUCGAAGACACUGAGAUGGAUCCCGUGGGGUACGCUGGCAGCAAAUCUCCUGGCGUGCCUCACAGGUGCCACUCUCUCGGCUGUCCAGCUCGCAGCAAGGAACAACCACGAGUCGACGCUGUGGAUCGGAGCACUCCAUCUGGGAACUUUGGGAUGCCUCAGCACAGUGUCAACGUUUGUUGUCGAAGUUCACACACUAGCCAAGGGAGACAAGCCGUGGAGAGCUUACGUCUACGCUAUGACAUCGAUCGGCCUGGGAGUUCUACUUUGCAUCGUCUUCUUCGCCACAGUCGUUUGGGUCAGAGGCUACGACAUCGUUCUAUAGCAGGGAAGCUCCAAGAAACUUUCUUUCUGGAAGAACUUUACUCGUCAAAAAGCUUCUCUUUUUCUUCU